AUGUCUGCAGCUCUGCGGAAAGCGUCAUUGUUGAAACCCGAGAUACGCCUCGCUCAAGCAGUCUCCGAAUUCGAGGCCGACCUCUCGACCGAGCAAAAAGCCACAUUCUGUACACUUAAGUCGCAAUCACAUUCAAGCACACCUGACCCAAGCGAUGUCAUGCGACUAACAGCCGAGAUGGACCGCUCUAUAUCGACUAAAUACGGCAGUCGGUGUUUUGGGCCUCGCUUUACGAACUUCCUUCAAGCUGUCCAGCAGUUUGUUGUAGUUGGAGAUGUUAUGGUUGGAGGGUCGCAAAACUUGAUAGCAUGUGGUGUGUGGUCGCUGGUGCGCAUGUCUUUACUGCUUGCAUCACCAGCAUACGCUAAUGCAUCACACUCGAUCAUAAGCCUGUCAUCAUACAUUGACAAGCUAUCCUCAAUGUUCAUGGCCAUUGGUCGCGCUGCGCCGCGUUACCAAACAAUGGCCUUGCUGUAUCCUCGAUCCAAGAAGCUCCAAUCACACCUUGCAGAAUACUUUAUCUUGGUAGUCAAGCUGUGUCAUUACCUAUUCAGAUAUGGACAAAAGUCUUCUAUCCGACAGUUCACGUCUUCACUGAACGAUACACUCCUGAAAACACUCCAAACAGACCUUGACAAGUGGGCAAACUCUAUCAGGGAAGAGAUGAAUUUGAUUGAAGCUCAAGAGAGUUCCAAAUUCAGGGCCUUUACCAUGGACAUGUUCAAAUCUGACGCGCUCCAGCGGAGACAGGAAACUAAAAUGCGAAUACUUGACUUCUGCUCCAAAUACGACCACGAGACAGCAUGGAAACAGAUCAGAAAACUUGGCAACUCAUCUUUUCACACGCAAAACUCGGAGUAUCAAGAAUGGAAAACUAGCUUGCUUCCUGGAACACUGAUGUACACAGGCAAGCUGGGCUCAGGUAAAUCUGUACUACUAGCCAACAUCGUAGACGACCUUAAUCUCUCCACUGAAAAGGGACAGUCUACCGUAGCAUAUUUCUUCUGCAAAUAUGAUGUCUCGGAAAGCUUGCAGGCACAGACAAUUGUUGGCUCCCUGAUACGACAGCUAUUGUCUUCCAUCUCGGACCUCGGAGCACUUGCGAACCGCUGCGAAGAUACUCAGAACAAAGGAGGUGAUAUAGAAGAGCUGCUUGAAUCUCUGUUCCAAGGUUUUACUUCUGAACAGAAAGUAUACCUCGUCAUUGAUGGCCUGGACGAAUGCAACGUGGCGCAAAAGGAGAUACUGAUACACGCGAUCCGAAAGAUUCAAGACACACUCAAAGUCCGUAUAUAUGAUAAUCCGGAUAUUGAGACCUUCAUUGAAACUGAACUAGAGCACCGCCUUAUCCAGGGAAUAAUGACGGUCGGGGAUCCAACUUUGAUACUGGAAAUCCAGGACGCUCUCUUGAAAGGCUCUCAAGGAAUGUUUCUUUGGGUCGCUCUUCAGAUAGAGACUUUGUGCAGAUUAAAGACCGACCACGCCAUGCGGGAAGCACUAGCAAACUUACCUAGAGAUCUUUCAGAGACAUUCUCAAGGAUCCUACACAAUUCCGGACGUUCAGAUCCAUCACUUCAAGUAAAAGUCCUACAACUCGUCCUUACAGCUCGUCGACCAUUGACGACGAUUGAACUGCGUGAGGCUUUGAGCGUCAUUCCUGGAGAUGCUACCUGGGAUCCUUCUAAGGUCUUACAUGAUGUUUACUUAGCGCUGGCUUGCUGUGGAUGUCUUCUCGCUGUUGAUGAGGAAGAGUAUACAGUUCGGGUCAUUCAUCAUAGCGUUCAGCAGUACAUUCUCAACGGACUCGACAGCACGACACACCAGAAACUUACGGUCAAAGACGCGAAACGAACUAUGGCAGAUAUUACUACAACAUAUCUUAACUAUGGUGUCUUCGGAACUGACCUAUCGAGAACAAAGAUUCUCCCAAUUAUGGCUGAAUCAGCGCCAUCCAAGAUCUUACAAGCCACCAUGGACUCUUCUAGCAGUGCACGCCAACUAGCUAUAAGAUUUCUCCAAUCAAGGCGACAACCUACAUUUGAUUUGAGCAAGAUCAUUGCAGAAACGCUCAAGUCAUCUCAUCCCGAAGAUGAAGCCUCGUUCAAGUUUUACAAAUAUGCAAAUAAAUAUUGGCUAGAGCAUUUGAGCCAUGUAUCAGGAAACAAUGCGGCCAUGUUCAGACUUUCUUGGAAAUUGAUUCAUAGUCGGGCAUCCACGUUCGAAAUCUCAAAAGAUGAUCAAAGGACAAUGAGAGCCGAUGCUCGCAAUCACGAGAAC